AUGUCGAGUUUGGAGAGUGAUGGGGAUGUUGUGGCUUACUGUUUGCCUGGUGGACUUGAAUUUCAACGUGUCUACGUAAAGAUUCAUGGCUAUAUUGCCCUACUAAUUUGCCUUCUCGGAUCUAUCGCAAACUCCGUCAACAUCGCUGUGCUAAGCCGGAAGGAAAUGAUUUCAUCGACGAAUUCCAUUCUAACAGCGCUCGCGGUUGCAGAUCUAUUAGUAAUGCUAGACUACGUCCCCUUUGCGCUGCACAUUUACAUCAAAAUUGGUGCAAAUCUUAAUCGAAAUUCUUACGCUUGGGCGGUGUUCGUGUAUUUUCACUCGAUAUUCAGUCAGACGUUUCACACUAUUUCCAUAUGGCUGACCAUAACGCUUGCAGUCUGGAGAUACAUAGCUAUAAAGUUUCCCCAGAAGAAUAGAACUCUAUGCAACAAGCGGAAUACAAAUAUUGCAAUUGGAUUUGCAUAUGUAGUGUGUCCGAUCGUGUGCCUUCCAAUUUAUUUUGCUAUGCACAUACAAGAGGUACCAGGCACAAAUAGAGAGUCGAAUGAAACGAUAAAUGCAACCCACCUAAACGAAUCUUCAAUAAGAGAACCAGUCUAUGCGUUAACGAUGACGAAUAACAAAGAAUUGUUGACAGCUAUAUUUUGGAUAUACAGUGUAUUUCUGAAACUCAUACCCUGUAUAGUGUUGUCAAUUUUUAGUUUUUGUUUAAUAUUGAAAAUGAAAUCUAGCGACAAGAGAAGACAAAAGCUGUUGAAUAAAUCUGCAAUCACAGCAACAGAGGGUGAAAAAGGUCGGCUACACGAUGAUGGUAAGCGUGGCGGAAGUCGCACGGACCGCACUACCCGGAUGCUGGUCGCUCUAUUGGGCCUUUUCCUCGCUACGGAAUUGCCACAAGCUCUGUUCGGGCUACUGACAGCUAUCGCUCCACAGCUGUUUGAAAUAUGCUAUUAUUCUUUUGGUGAAGUAAUGGAUUUAAUGGCGUUGGUGGGAUCAGCUGUUAACUUUGUGCUGUAUUGCAGCAUGAGCCGGCAGUUCAGGUGCACGUUUACCCGUCUGGCUCGGAAACUACUUCCGCUACCUGCACGAGCUGAGAGCGAGCCUCUGACUACAACAUCUACGGUGAAAGCGUAG